AUGCGGGUUUUGGCUUUUGGCCUGAUUCUGCAAGCACGAAGUUUUGGAGAUCACCAGGUGGAUCUUGAAGCAGAACACCUGGGACUGCUACAUCGUUGUUUUGAGUCCAGAAGCCAAUUCUUCAAAUGCUGCGGGAAGUUUCACGUCCCGGUUGUAGGGGGGAUUAAGCCUCCUCCGGGCUGCUUCAAGAAAGACAAGAGGCAUAGAAGGACAGAGCGCCUGCUUGAUCCUUACCGACGGGCAUACAAGCGUUGCUGUGACGAACCUCUCUUGCGGUAUCGUCAGAUGCUUCGUAAGGUUAACCCACAUGCCGAGGGGGGCAACUACACGCUUCUCUAUGCCAAUCCGUCGAAGUACUUCCUCACGAAUGAUACCCUCUGGUUGCCAGGUUUCCGGUUAUACGAUCUCGGAGCAGCAAGCAUGACGGAGAGGUUCGUGAGCUUGCACUCAGCCCUCUUGGAUUUUAACUAUGGCAAAAGGGCCCGCAAUAUGGUACGAAGCCAGGAACUCUUCAGACAAGGUACGUCUGAUGUUCCCGGAAUAGACGGGGAAAGUUUUGUGCCCGUCUUCCGCGCUUUUCUCUCCAGCAACAUCAACCUGAGCUACACAUUUGUCGAUGUGGGAGCUGCAGACGGCAGUGAACCACAAAGCCCGCUCUUCGAGUUUAUGAACGAGCACCGCGCUCGGAUACGUGGCGUCGCGUUGGAAGCCAGAGAACCUUUCUGUGCAAGGUACCGGGAAGCUUGGCCUUCUGUAGACCUUCAAUGUGGUCAGCUAACUGCUCAGAGUCUCUACGAUUCGCCGCCAAGCUUGGAAGCUUUAAAGCCGGCCUGCUCUCAGGCAUAUUGUGUGGAUGUCUGGAAGGUUGAUAUUGACAGUAUAGACUGCACUGUGCUGGAAGUCUUGCUGAGGGGAACGGAGCUGGAGUUGCUUCCCAAGGCUUUAAUCUUAGAGGUGAACCCGGACUAUCCACCUCCCUACAAGUUCAGUGUAACCGGGAUCCAUGGGCUGCCCGAGACGGAUGAUGAUUUCUGGGCGCGGGCCAUGCUUGGCCUUUAUGGCUGCUCGUUGAGCCAUCAAGUUGCUUUGCUUCGCGAAUUUGGCUAUUGGCUGAUCGGAUACCAUCACAAAGAUGCCCUUUAUGUACACAAGCACGUUGCUCAUGCUCUGCGUGCUUCGGGGCCGUUAGACGAGUUUUUGGCUUACAGCAACGCCCUAGUCAUGAUCGGAUCUGGCUUGCCGCCUCCAGUCUUGAGGCGCUGGCUUUAUUCACAUCCUCACGUUGGUGUGGGCUCCAUCCAGCAGCACUUGCUGCGUGCUCAGAAACGUCUGAAGCGAGAGGUGAGCUUCAGCUUGAGCAUCUGA